UGUGUUUUGAAAUGUUGAAAGAAUUUACAUUGAAAAGCAUUGGAAAUAAUUCUCAUUGAACUAUAUUUUUUUUGUUUGAUGGAUAGUUCCAGAUAGAUAGGUCUACCACAAAGCCUCUGUGGUCAUUCAAUUGGCUGGCCCUUGAAACAUGGUCAACCUUCCACAAAUCCACAAAUGGAUUAGCUACUUCCACUGCACAAGUUAAAUAUUGAGCUUAUGUUAUGAGCAGUAUGGUAUGAUAUAUGUGUAUACCAGUAGGCCUAUAUCCCCACACAUAAAAAUAAGCUAGUCACAUUGAAUUAGCUUCCUACGAACAGUGAUUUAUUAAAAGUGUGUUAUAAGAGAAUACUACCUACUUUAAAAAAGCUCAUAAUAGUUUGUUCGUUCAAAUGAAUGCAUCCUUGAUAUACCGAAGGACUGCUGACAAAUUCCUAACUAAUCAUGUUUGUAGAUUUAAAGCUGCCUUAAUUGAUAUUGAUGAAUUUGCUAACUUCUGCGAGACAUAGUCACCAAAAGAGUCCCUUCAGUCCAAAUCUCUUUCCAAAUACCUGCUUUCCAAAGACAUUGGAAAGUGGCUAGGAAAACCAUGUCCCUAGUAUUCCAGUGCACUGAGAAGCAGCACUACAAUAAGGAUGGUUUUGUUACAAGUAGCAACUUACAGGUGUAGUGAAUUUUAUGAUUUAUGAGAAUUUCAUUACAUCUGUUGAGCUCCACACUGCAUGGGCUUUAAUGAGUGCAAAAUUGUUAUGGACGUCUAGUACUCUUAUGUGCCAGCUAUAUCUUUAUUACCCAUGAGAAUAGUUUUAGAAACAUGAACCUAGUAAUGACCUGAUGACAAGUCUAUCUGAAACACACUGACAUUGUGCAGUUGGAAGAAAUAAUGAUCAAAUGUUUGAUGUUUGAAUUUGGAGUUAUUUAGAGCUAAUCUAUGCUCUGAAAAGGCAGGUGAUUCUGGCAUCAGGACACAUCAUCUGUGGAACAUACUUUCGCUCCCCCUAAGACUCAACAUGACUCAUAUCUUGUACAUAGUGUACAGCUUGGAAAUGUGUGGAAUGGAGAGAGUGAGAGGUGAUCCUAACAUAUCAGACUUAAUUGGUACCCAGCGUAUGUCUGCAAUCUGUAACUGUAUCUUUUUAGUGCUCCAACUAUCCAUAUCUGUAUCUGUAUGCAGAGUUAAAUCCAAAGUGGGUGGCUCUGACAGUUCCUUAACCUCAGCUACAUCACUCAAGUUCAUAAUUGGUCUUAACUAGAGAUGGGUGCAGAAUUGUUUUUUAAAUCCCACUUUGCAUAGUUGUUAUUUUUGUUUGUACGUGCAUGUGAUAUUUUGGAAUUCAGUUGUUUUUAUUUCCCAUAAAUAAAAACAAACUAGUAGCCUAAUUUAAACCAUUGCAACCCUAACCAGGCAGUUACUAAGGAUGUCGUAAAUGAAUCUUGUGGCACAGCACAUUCAUGUUAAUGAGCAUAGUCUUUCUUUGUCCUGCGAGCUUCAUAUCUGAACACUCGCUCGCACCCACAUGAAAAUAAAAAAAUCUUAACUUUUUGUUACAUCUCCCAGGAUCCCAGUCCUAGUGCACAACACUAGUCUGAGGAGGAUGUCCUGUGAACCUCUAAAACAAAUCGACAACAAAAACAUAAACAAAUAGUGCACCUCUUAUUUGUAUCUGUAUUUGUAUCAAUUUAGAUAUAGUUAUACUAUCAGUUCAUUCCGAAUGCAAAACUCUUAACCUCUUUGUAUUGUAAUGAUAGAAUGACCAGAUUACCAAACAAACCAUUGUUUUUGCUAGUUGUAGCUAAUAAGCAUGUGAAAGGCAGAGGAAUUUGCAUUUGAUCGCUGAUAGACAUAUGAUCUUCACUUCUCUGAAUGACCCUGAACCUGCAGCUGUUUAUCUCUUAAAUCUGUCCGAGAUGCUGAGCACACCCAUGAGAGAAGUUAUGUAAUAUUCAUACAAUAACUUUGACCGACUAACCCUGAACGUACCAGUGCAGAAAUUGAGACACACCAUGUUUCUUGUGUGCUCAGACCUCAAGAGUGUUACAUUUUUGUAGGAGCACACUUGUAGCUGCAGUAGCUGAGUGUAUUAUUUAGAUGCAGUGUUUUGUGCUGCAUCCUGUCGUGUUAUGCUGGCGGGAGCGGGAAGUGAAAGGUGCUGAGUGUGCUUAUAUUAUGCACCAGGAGCUUAGCAUUAUGCUGCUAGUUAAUACUUUAUUAAACAUGAAACAAGGGCCAUUUGAUUGCUGGGAGCUGAGAUUCCUGAUGUUGAAAUAGAUAUUCACAGUUCUUCCAUCUGCUUUCAAAAAGGAGGACGUGCUCACAACAUACUCAGAAUAGCAUUGUGAUGCCUCAAUCCUCUCCAAACUCAUUCACUUCUUUCUCCUGUUUGUACAAGUGGUGUGUGUUAUAUGUUAGGGGAUUGAGUCAGUGUGAAUGGGGGGGUGGUUAUGAUGGGAAACAUAUGUCAGACUGCAGGGUGUCGUAGGCUGGGGCAUCCGCACAUUCCUCUACUCCCUCAUGACCCUCAUGAGAUCUCCAUUCUCCUCAUCUUUCAAACGCUCCAACAGUGCUCUUUUUCCUCUGGCGUGUCCAUCAGAGUGACUCUGGAGGCAUUUUAGGAAAUGUAUGGUGCCAAUUUAAAGAGAUCAAAAGAUGGUGGAGGCAUGUGUUGUUGCGCACUGGCAGGGUGUGAAAUAAAUAAUGAGAAGAAAAUAAGUAUCCUGAACCAGAUCUCCUCUUUCAUUUAUUGGCUCCUAGAAUAGGAUGUCUGAGGCGUUGUCACAGCAGGAGAGGCUCCAGGCUAUAGCAGAGAAGAGAAAGAGACAAACAGAGAUAGAAAACAAAAAAAGGCAACUGGAGGAUGACCGCAGACAGCUGCAGCACCUCAAGUCAAAGGCAUUGAGGGAGAGAUGGCUGCUAGAUGGAGCGCCCUCUGCUGGCUCGGAGGAGGAUGAAGCAAAGAAACAGCUUCAAGAAGAUGAGGCCAAAACUAAAGGACUUGAGGAGGCUAUUCUGAGACUGGAACAGGAACUGGAGGAGUUGGAGACAGGUGUGUCCGCAACGUCCACCAAAGAAAACCUGUCAGAUGCAGCCCAGCAAGAGGAACCCAAGACUGUAGAGAACAUGGUCACGGGAGACUCCGUUAAAGAGGUCAGAGAGAUCAAAGUUCACGUCAGCCCUCGUCUGGAGAAAUCCAGGGGUGACUCUGACAUGAUGAGAGCAGCGAUGUACUCCGUAGAGAUCACAGUUGAGAAGGACCUGGUCACAGGCGAGACCAAAGUCUUGUCCACCAACACACUACUGCCCAAAGAUCUCUCUCAGCAGGGGGUCAAAGUGUAUGAGGAUGAACAGAAAGUGGUGCAUGAGGUGCGUGGGACAGAUGGCCCACUGACCAAUGGCGUGCAUCAGCUCAGCUCGUCCGAAGUGGAGGAGCUCAUCCACAAGGCUGACGAGGCCUCCAUGAGCGACGGCAGCAAAGCCACACCCCAACGGGUGGUGGAAGCAGGCGAGAAGCUCGAGGCAGGAACGGAGCAGGUUGGGGUUACUCCAGUCAAAGAGAUCACUGGUGUAGAAGCCAAACCAUCACCAGCUGUGCCCCAGACCGAUGUAAAUGAUGCCAGUGCGGAGAAGCCGGUCACAAUGGUGUUCAUGGGCUACCAGGACGUGGAGGACGAGAAUGAGACGAAGAAGGUACUGGGGCUUGAAAGCACCACAAUCAAGGCUGAGCUGGUAGUCAUCGAGGAUGGAGAAAACAAGAAUGAAGCCAAGGAGGAGCAGGCACCACCCAAUGGAGGCCCGGCUGAGCCAGCAAAAGCCCAGGAAGAGAAAGGCGAAGAGGGUGAACCUGAGGUUGGCGCUGCUGAAAUUAAAAGCAAAGAAAAGCAGCCUUGCAAAUGUUGUUCCAUCAUGUGAAAAACUCCCUCACAGGGGAACUUGGAACUUUUGUUUCUCAGAUUGGUGCAUCGCAUCACCUCACAGACAAAAUAAUACCAACAAAAAAGAGAGGAGAGAAAACAUCUUGUAUCUUUUGAUAGAAAGCUCUUGUUUUCUUACUUCAUUUGUACCAGUUUUAUAUUUUACUUUAUUUUUCCAUUUUCUGUUGUUCCUGUCCUAUUCUUUAUCCUCCUCUGGUUUUGGUUUAGUUGCAAUUAAGACAAAAGCUGUUACAUGAGUGGCGCCUGAUACCUUCAGCAAAGAGGUUUGCAGAUGAAGCAUCAUUAUAUUUGCUAUACGUUACCAAGCAUUGAUCAACAAACCCUUUUUUCACUUUUCAUCUUUACAUAAGAAGGACUCAGAUAUCUCUGUAACUACAGUAUAUGAUAUACACUAUAUGAAUCAUUUAUUUUUAAUAUAUAUUUAUUUUAUGUUCCUUUAUCAAGCGCCCUAACAUUUUUUUUUUGCAGAAGCAUGGUGUGUGAAGUGCUCUCUGGUCCUGUUAUUGCAUUUUAUCGUCCUCCAAAAAUGGGGUGGGGUCGGGGGUGAGAGGGACUGCCGGGGUAGUGCGGAGGCUGAUCAUCUCAAAAUUCUGCACAAUUCUAUAUUUAUGACUAAAUAAGCUGUGAGCGUUUUCCUCAUACUAGAGAGUGAGGUCUGAAAGUAACUCUUGGAAUAGUAAGUGUAAUGGGAUUUCAAUAGUAGAGAUGCUUAGUGGUCUGUUGACUUCAAACUUAAUAUGGCAAAUCUGUGUGUGUGUGUGGGUGUGUGUGGUUGUGUGUGGGUAUGUCUGUUAUUUGAACACUCAACCACUUCUGUUUUGUGUCAGGCAUUGCCAUAAAUAAUCACAUGUCAGUGGCGCUGCAGAUCCUCACAUUUAUCAGUACAAGAUGUUUUAUUGCAUCUCCCAACUGCAUCUACUAACCACCCACACUCACACACACACUCACACACACACACACACAGUCAUGUCUUUUCAUAUUUUCUCUCAGUAAGAUAAAUUCAACAUACUUUUCCCCGAUUAUCAGAGAUUUAACCAAGGUAUUACAAAUAUUAAAAUAUUGAAAAGUACAAUUUUUUCCCCAUAUACAGUAUUUUUCUCAGUUAGCCUCCACUGCACCUGUUUCAACAAAAUGUUAAAUCUACUUAGCCUUUUUGGUUUGGAUGGCUGGUAAAGGCACUGCCUUUUUUAAUUUUGUUAGUUUGAUUAUUUAAACCAAGUCGACAGCUGCCUAUGAUGAAAACUGGCUUUGCUGCCAGUCCAAAGUGGCAUCCUGAACAUGCCAAUAUACACUGCCUUUAGUCUCCUCUCAGGCAGAGCCAUCCACUUCUUAAAAGAAUCGACUAAUUUGCUGGAGCCGAACCUAUGCAAGAACACUCAUGUACGCAAGUCAGCAUCAGCAAAGUCAGUAUGUUCAGUAGUGCUUAUUAUAUUUGUCAUAGUAAAGAAAGAAGAGGUGGUGUUAGUGUCCAUGCAUUCAAGCACUCCACUCAAAUCUGUGGCUGCACUGAAGCUGAAUAUAGUAUCUCAUUAUCCUGUGUCAGAAAAGCCAAUUCUGUCCACUUUAAAAACAAGAAGUUGGUGAUUUUUUGUGAUGCCGUGACCCUUUGUGAUGCCGUGACCCUUUAAAUAGGCUAGCUAUUUAUAUCAAAUUCUUCACUGAAUGGCGUGAAAGAAAUAGUUGUCUGGUUGGAUUUCUGAGAACUGAUUAAAGAUUCGUGUGGUGCUAAUUGAGCCAAACUGUCACACAGCAACAUUAUUUGUUUUAUGAAACAGCAAGGCUAGCCCCAUAACAUUAGCUACAAGUGCCAUCAGUAUUGCAGUGCAUCAACUUUUGCAAAAGAACACCUUAUUUUUUUAAUCUUAUGUGUUAACAAAUCAUUUUUAUUGCUAAUAUUUUGUGUAAUUUUAUUCAUUUAUUAUCUGUAACAUAAUAGUGAAUUACAUUAUACAUUAUAACUACAUUAGUAUGUAGGAGUAUGAAGUUGCGUUGCGCUUUUUUAGUGCCACUACCACAAUAGUCGGGAAGUAACUGGUGGCUUGGUAGUGUGCAGGUGCAUUGGUAUGUGUCUGUACAAGUGUGUGUGUGUGUGUGUGUGUGUGUGUGCAUUCUCCUUUCAAUAUAACAGCAUUGCCAGUACUUCUUCUGGGAAGAUUUUCAUUGGGUGCCUUGUGGCUAAAACAGUUUGCUCAUUUAGAAAGGCUCGUUGAGUUUCGUGUAAGGUGUGGUACUUAAUAUGGAACCCUAUGUGUCAUUUAUUUGAUUUUCCAAUUUAAAUGAAUUUUCAUGACCAUAUUUAUAGUAUUUCCUUUCGGAAUGAGUAAGAUUGUUAGUCGAUGUCUCAGAAUCCAGCUUACCCUUGUGUGGUUAUACAAAACCAUAAAACAAUAUCCUUCACAAACAUGACUGAGUGCUGAUCUUGAUCUGAUCUGUAUCCUUAACCCUAACCCGAACCUACAGUUAAUCUGGGCUUCCUCUCCCAUCACCCAGACUCACACACAGCACUCUCAGCACCAUCACUUACCUCAGACUUGCUCAGCAGCACACCCUACUGUCUGUCAGUACUAACAUUCCAGUUCAGACGUUUUCCACGGCCCCUAAUGCCUUGUAGCCCGGCCCCUUGCCAGGGCGUUUUCUCUUUGUACACAUGCAUGCUUUUUAUAGAUAUAUUGAUCAUUAUAUCUUCAUAUCCAUAUUCAUCAGUCGGUAAUGUCUCCCUCUCCCUGUAGUUGAAGCCUUGCCCUAUAUCAUCCAUAAUGUCCAUGAGAUUGAUGUAUUGAUCAUAGUGUCUAGGAGCAUGAGGAGUGAAAGCCUGAUAGUGUAGAUGAGGUCACUUCCUGUGUUGGAGCAAAGCUCUCAUCUACUUUAAUGCUCCAUUUUCUUCCUCGAGGAAAGACCCAUCUUAGUUUUUUUUUUGGUGUGUGUGCUCCCACUGCCACGGCUCUGUGCGCUUUCUCAGCUGUGAAGGUCUGCUUUCUUACCGACUUGAAAGUGCUGUAGAACGAAUUUUAAAUGAGAUAUUAAAAUGUGACGUGCUUUAAGGAUA